AUGACGACCGCCCACAGACCGACGUUCGAUCCCGCGCGCGGCAAAGAAGCCCAGCGCGGGCCCGCCUACCACCAGCGUCUGCUUCCCGCACACACAACGCUCAAGCACAGACAAACUGGCCAGGGCGGAGACGCAGACGGCUAUCAGCGCGACUUGCGCGCAGAGCUCCUGGAAGCCGAGGCACGUCACUAUGCAAAGAAGAACGGCACUUACGUCGAACAAGAGGCUGCCACGGACUCUAGCAGCGCACCGAAGCGUCAAAUUGAGGAUGUAGCAGCAGAAAAAGACGACGAAGACGAGGCGGAUGCGAAGAGGCGGCGAAUAGAAAUGCUGGAGAAAUACAGGGAUAUAGAUGCGGACGAUAGUAGUGAGGAGAGCGAAAGCAGUGACGAAGAUGACGACGAUGAAGAAGAUGAAACUGCCGCACUCAUGCGUGAACUCGAGAAGAUCAAGAAGGAGCGCGCUGAAGCGAAAGCCAAGGAAGAGCGAGAACGCGCAGCAGAAGAGGAGGAGCAGCGCGAGAUUGAUGUUGCGCGCGGCAACCCAUUGCUGAACAAGAACGAUUUCACUAUGAAGCGCCGGUGGGAUGACGACGUGGUCUUCAAGAACCAGGCGCGCGGCACAGAAGACAGGAACAAGAAGAAGGAGUUCAUCAACGACAUGCUGCGGUCCGAUUUCCACAAGAAGUUCAUGUCCAAGUACGUACGAUGA